AUGUUGGGACUCAAACAUGGUUUUGGGUCCGUGUAUCAUCCUCAAUCUCAGGGUAAGGUUGAGAGGAUGAACCAGACAGUCAAGAACAGGCUGUCAAAGAUUUUUGCCCACACAGGACUGAACUGGGUGGAUGCUCUACCGCUCGCCCUCAUGUCCAUCCGAUCCUCAGUAAACAGGACAACUGGACACACCCCAUUCGAGCUCGAACGUGGUCGACCUUUUCCAGGGCCAGAGCGAGCCCUGCAAAACACUGACCCUCCUCCCUCUCACAUGCACCAGAAAGAUUAUUAUGUACAACUGCAAUCUGUUCUCUCUGAAUUUGCUAAGCAGGUGCGAGACAGCAAAGACAGCAACAAAGACGGUGACCUACCCAUCACUGACUGGGUCCUCCUUCGGGUCAUCAAGAGAAAGUGGAGCGAGCCUAGGUGGACAGGACCAUUCCGGGUGACCGAGAGAAACAAAACCUCAACGCUCCCUGAAGGAAGUGCGGCAGGAUCUUGCAGCGGCUGCAGCAGGACACCAAACCAAAGAACCACACACCUCCAGAAAAGACACAGGGCAGAAUAAUCCCUGCAACGAAAAGGGCACAGGGUAGUCUACCCCUGACCGCCUGAAGAAAGAUGGCAACAUCCCGCAGGACGUCAGCUGACACCUGCUCCAGUAGACAACAACGCUACGCUGCCUGUCCGGGCGACCUCCAUGGACGGAUCAUCUGUCAGGUCGUACAAGACAAGAAAAUUUCUUACCUGUAUGUUUCACACUGUAUGUUCCACACCUUUUAUUUCAGCAUUUAUCUGGUUAUUAACUUGAAUUUGCUAAGCAGGUGCGAGACAGCAAAGACAGCAACAAAGACGGUGACCUACCCAUCACUGACUGGGUCCUCCUUCGGGUCAUCAAGAGAAAGUGGAGCGAGCCUAGGUGGACAGGACCAUUCCGGGUGACCGAGAGAACCUCCCACGCAGUCCGGCUGGACAGGAAGGGAGACACCUGGUUCCACCUUACUCAGUGCGCCCCAGCGAUAAAACCUCAACGCUCCCUGAAGGAAGUGCGGCAGGAUCUUGCAGCGGCUGCAGCAGGACACCAAACCAAGUGACAGCCAAAAAGGGGGUGUCAGUAGUGUCUGUCAAUUUCACUCACUUAGAGGCCACGGUUCCCACUUCCUUUAGAUGUUGGCUUUGUAGAUUCCAUGUGUACCCCUUCGGCAGUCAAAGAACUCAUGGUUGUUUGCCAUCUCCUCCUAUAACCCCCAGCCCACAGCCCGGAACUAACCUGUCCCUCAGUGGGGUGGACCCUGACCUGGAUGCCACCCUGCUUGCAAACAGACGUAAGGUUUACCUAGGCAUAAUUGCAAUACUGAUGGUUAAAUUGACACUCCUGGCACUGUUGAUGUACUAUGGGUGCUUCUUAAUCCCCACUAGAGCCCCGACAUCUUCUCUACUGUCUGACCAUGAGAACAUUACGCUACUGCCCAUCCCCCUUGACCCCCAGGCUCCCGGCGUACCGCCAACCCCAGACAGAUUAUUCUUAAUCAUCCACAGACACUGGAGAACUGUUACAUUCACUAUUGUUGUCAUAUUGGCACUAGGGUUAGGGACACUGAUCACCCUGCCACUAUUGUUCCCCAUAAACAGCCAUCUUGCCCGACAUCUAUGCGCCUCCACAAAGCAGACUAUUUUUGCAAGCCCAGUAAGCGACAGAUGUGUUAGGAGCUCCGGGAGUAAGAUUGAAUUCACUCAUGUUAAAGGACAAACCACUGUGUACCUAUUCGACCUCUGUAAAGUAAUCAGCUGUGACGGUCCAGGGGCACCCUAGAGGAAAUAUAAUGUCUACCUGUGUCGCAUAGGUAAAAGUGCGGUGACUCAGCUCCGCCCGGAGUGUGGGACAUGGCAGGAUGUGUUCUGGACCACGCAGCCGGGCGGAUGGACGGCCUCCGCCAAGGACGGAGAAGCACGGCGGCUGAAGGCAUCGGUGUCCUUCGCCUGUGUCAAACUGCUGAGUACCCCCGUGCACGGCAUGCUCAAUCCCUUACUCCUGACUAUCCGGGGGUUUGAACACAAUCCGUAUUCUGUAAGAUCCGCUAAGGCCCAGUCCCAGUCCGGAUAUCCCCGAUGUCUCACAGAUAGGUCAGACAGCAGAGAUGAACAAGGUGUGUUUUUUACUGUAGGUGUUGAUGUAUCUGGGAAAGACCCCAUGGGCCUCAUCCGAAUCAACUUAGUCAACUCUUCCCGUACACCAGACAGCCCUUCAGGUACAGACCAGGCCACCGAGCCUAACCUGAUUCCUCACAACCAGUUACAGAUCACCGACUAUGUUGUCGCCGUAGACAUGGCAGUUCUGGACCCCGCCACCAGAUUCACGGUGACGUUAGGCGUGACCACUUCCAGGCAUAAUGUCUGGCUAGAAAGUGUUAUGGCAGUGAACAAUGCCUCCGGUUUCUCGGAGUGCCUGUUGUGCAUGGGUCCCAACUCUUACCUCCAUAUGUUUCAGUCUAUGUUCGAUGAAUAUCCCUCCAACUUUUCACACUGCGCCCUGUUAGCCAUGUCCUCUCUCAAAAUGUCAGGAUCCUGCCACCUGGUAAAUAACAUCCAUCCGCUGUAA